UCUAUCAUCUACUAUGAUUUUUGCAGAUUCUGAAAGUGAUUUGGAUAAUAUAAUUAAUAGUGAGGAUGAAGAUUUUAUGUAUGAUAGUGAUCAUGAUACACAAUCUGAAUUAGAUGAAGAAGAAGAUAUAUUAGCUGAAACAGAUAAUAAGCUUAAGUAUUAUUUAGCUAAAAAUAAGGUUACUCAAUGGAAAAAGGAUUUUCCCAAUCAGAGAAUAAGAACUCGUCAGCAAAAUAUAGUUAUUGAUCAGCCAGGAGUAAAAGAAUAUGGGAAAUUAGCUGACACUCCAGAAAAAUGUUUUGACUUGUUCAUAACACCAAAAAUGAUUGAAGAGAUAAUUUAUCAUACCAACCAAAAAAUUAAAAUUGUAGGUCAAAAUUAUAAUCAAUAUGAAAGUUCUACAAAGUGGGGGCUUAUGAAAGUAGAUAUGUCGAAUAUAGGGUAUCAAUCGAUAGUUAAUCCCAAAGAUCUAUUCAAGUAG